AUGACUUCCAACGCCAGUCUAUCCCUAGAAAACAGUCAAAUUGACCCCAAUGUAGCCUCUAACCUCCCCCCCGCCCACACGGUCACGACAACCCGCCACGGCACCAGCUACUGGGUCACCACCAACACAACCCGCAUAACCCUCACCCUUCCCGACACAACCACAAAAUCCUACUUCCUCAAAACCCUUACAAAAAAUCUAGGCAAAAACAUCCUCUACGGCGAAUAUGCAUCCAUGCAAGAAAUCCACCGCGUAGUCCCGGACUUCGUGCCGAGGCCAAUCGCCUGGGGGACUUAUAAAAAUGACUCCGAGACGCAUUUCUUUCUCUGCGAGUAUCGUGACAUGAUUCUGUCUAGGGAUGAGAUGCCUGAUCUGGGGUUGUUUACGCGGAGAUUGGCGGCGUUGCACCAGGGAAGUCAAAGUCGGAGCCGGAGUUCGGAGGGGAAGUUUGGUUUUCAUGUUCCUACGUAUAGUGGGUAUUUAGCGCAGUAUACGGGGUGGGAAGAUAGCUGGGAGGUGUUUUUCUCGAAGAGUUUGCGUGUCGCGUUGGAUUUGGAGAUCAAGGCGAAGGGGUAUGACGCUGAGUUCGAUGUACUCGUGCCGGCUAUUUUUGAGAAGGUUAUUCCGAGGCUGUUGCAGCCGUUGGAGAGUGAGGGACGGUCUGUAAAACCGGCAUUAGUACAUGGGGAUCUGUGGUAUGGGAAUUCAGGGACUGACAAGGUGUCUGGAGAGUGUCUGGUUUUCGACGCGUGCUGUUUUUACGCGCAUCAUGAGUAUGAAUUUGGUCAAUGGAUGCCGGCUUGUAACCGGUUUGGCGAGGAGUAUCGUGCGGCGUAUCGGAAGUUUGUGAAGCCUUCGCCGCCGGAGGAGGACUACCAUGGACGGUUGGAUUUGUAUAAGCUGCGGUUCAAUACACAUGUGUCUGCGCUUUUCACAGAUGAUGCAUCGUUGAGGAAACAAAUGAUAAACGACAUGAAAGACCUUGUCAGCCGAUACGGCUGA